UCCCACUUAUCCAGGAGAGCUUGAUAGUAAAAAAAAAGAAUACACACUAAAUUAUCCAGGUAUUUCGUUUGUUUUCCCUAUACCUGAGGAACAUAUAUCCUUCUAUACUUCCUCUUCCGGUAUGACAGAUCUUCCAAUGGAACUUCCUGAUGGAACUUCUCCUUUAUUAUCUCGUUUAUAUACUUUUCACGGAUCCAGUUUUCUAAAUGCAAUUGCGCCGCCAUUACACAGGAAUAAAAAUUCAGAUGGUAUUGGGAGCGGUUUAUUAGAAUUUGAAGUUGAGAGCGUCGUGGCAGAAUUAAAACGUAGAAUUAUAGUCAAUUUUUUAAAUAAUUCAAAUAAUGCCACCACAGAAAUUGUUCUCAAUGUUACUACACCGCAGGAUCUUUUAGUUGAUAUAGGAUCACCGCUUAGAACAUUUUUCAAAGAAGAAGAUAAGAUGCGGAUACACUCAGAAGAUAGCAGUACCAAUUAUUCGGUUGAAAGUGGUGAUAACGGAGAUUCAAAUUCCUCACCAAAUGUCGAAGACCGCUCUCGAGGAGGAGACGCUAUUGAUUAUUUCUACAACUAUUUUCAUCUUGGUUUUGAUGUGCUCUUCGAUGGCUCUACACAUCGUUGUAAAAAAAUCGUAUUGCAUGGAAAUGUACCUGGUCAUUUUGAUUUCCAAAGGUAUAAACGAUGUCCUUAUAAGAUAUUAUUACCUAAAGUUUCAUCUAAUUCACAGAUUUCUAAUGAAGUUGCUAAACUAGAAGUUCUUGAAGAUGAUGAUAAUCAAUCGACAUCACAAUCUCCACAAAUUGUGGAUGAUUUUAUUACUUCAGAAAUGAAGAUGGAUCAAAUUCGAGACCUAUUAGGUCAUCCUUCUGGCCAUCCUCUAAUUUUUAACCGAGGAGCUGGUGGACAAAAUCCGUUUGGUCCUACCAAAUUAAGUGGAUACGAUGGGGUUGUAUUUGAAGAAAUGAAAAACGGUUGUGUUGCUACAAUUACAUUAUUUUGA